AUGAAGAGGGUUAGAGAAGAUGACGAGGGUUCGCGGCAUGGUAGAGAUGGCGGGAAGAAUGGGGGGGGUGGGGGAGAAGGAGAGGAGAAGCAGACACGAAGCAGGGGAGAUGAGGGUGACGGUGGUGGGGACGGCGCGCGGGACAACGGGAAAGAUCAGAAAAUGAAGGAUCGAGAAGGAGGGAAUGUGGUGGAGGGAGUUUCGAGAGGGAGUCUUGAAACAGGAGGACAAGGCGUGGUGGAGGAGGGAGGGAGGGGGCUUGGGGUAUUGAAGGGGGGACGGGAGAGUGGAAGAAGCGACCAAAAGAAGGUUAAGAAAAAGGAAGAUGAGGAAGAGGAGGAUGAUGAUGAGGAGGAUUGCGUUAAGAUCGAGGAAGACAAUGACGAGGAUGUCAAGAUAGAGGAGGAGAAGGAGGAGUGUAUCGAACUUUUGGACGAGGAGGAGGAUGAUGGCGGUGACGAUAACGAGGCGGCUGAAAUCGAGGAUAAUUCGGAGGAGGAGGGCCCGAAGAAGGUGAUGAAGCUGAACGAAGCCGCGAAGAAGUCGCGGAAGCGUGACGUGGCAGAUCGGGCGUGGGCUGGGGAGGAUGUUGCAGAGGGCGGGAAGGGGGAGGGAUUCGCGAAGAAAAAAAUAAGGAAAUUGGGGAAUGGGAAAGUGAGUGAUAUGGAGAAGAGAGAAGGAGAGAAGGGCAGCGAGGUUCGAAAAGACAGGGGCGAUGGGGAUAUGCGUGAGCAAGACGGGAACGAGGAGAGGCAGGAGGAGAAGGAGCAGAGAGGGGAGACCGGUGAUGGUAGAGAACCGAUAAGAAUUGUGAAGGAUGAGAAAGGGAAACGUCCUAAGGUGAAGUCCGGUAAAGAUGGUGAAAGGGGAGGAGGAGGAGGAGGAGGAGAUGAGGAGGGGGACGACGGAGCUAGGGCGCGUGGCGAGCAGGGGGAGCGAGGGGAGCAAGGGGAGCAGGGGGUGCAAGGGGAGAAAGAGGAGAAAGGGGGGAACGGGGAGAAGGAGGAGCAGAACGAGGGGCGGGAAGGGGAUCAGCGACAAGAAGGGAAGCGAGAGAAGGGGGAGAUGGGAGAGAAGAAUGGGAAGCAGAAUGGGGAGCAGAAGGGGGAACAGAAGGGGGAACAGAAGGGGGAACAGAAGGGGGAGCAGAAGGGGGAGCAGAAGGGGGAACAGACGGGAAGCAUGGUAACCCGCAAGAAAGACAUAUCAUACGUUCUUAUAGACUUAAAGCCUCGAGAGCAGACUAAGAAGACAGGGGGGAGCAGGGACGGCAAGGGGGGCAGCGUGGGGGACAACGGUGGGGAAACGCCUGGGAAGGAGGAGGACGGGGGGAGUGACGGGCAGUCGAAAAGAGUAGGGGCGAGUGUGGAGGCUGAUGGGGCAGGUGAAAAAGCAGGUGUGGGAGGGGCAGCACGAACAGCAGAAGGGGGAAAGAAACGGAAAGGCCUCCCCCCACGCUCUAGGAAAACGGGCAAGAAGGGGGGAGGGAGGGGGGGGCAUGGGUGGAGCAAGGCAGGUCUUGCUGGUGCAGGGGCGGCUGGGGGAGGGCUUAUAACGGGGAUGGGGGACAAGAGGAAGGAGGCGGAUCUGGUGAAGGUGGUACCUGCGCCCAAGGGGCUGGAGAUAGAGGAUGGGCCUGAUAAGCCCGUUGUCUUAUCACGCGUGUUCCGGGCGGCACAGAUCCAGUUGAGUGAGGAUCGAUUCUCAGCCACGAGCAGCAAGGGCUAUCGCACGGUGCUAGCAACCAGAGGGGUAAUGGAAGGCGCGUGGUAUUUCGAAAUCCACAUGCAGCAUCUGGGGCACACAGGGCACGCCCGCAUAGGCUGGGCCACGCAGCGAGCCGACAUGCAGACUCUCGUGGGGUUUGACGUGUGGGGGUUUGGGUUCCGGGAUGUGGAUGGGAGUGUGGUUCAUCAGGCAGUUAGGAGGGCGUACGCUGGAGGAUCGCUGGAUUUUCCUCCCCUUCCUCCUGCUGCCGCAACUGCUGCUGCGGCUGCCACUGCUGCUUCUGGUGCCUCUGCUGCUGCCCCGACACCCGCUGCUGCAACUGCUGCUGCAACUCCUGCUGCUGGUGACAUGGAAAAUGCACCUGACUGGAAGAAUCCGCCUGAAAAUGCAUCUGCACACCCUGAAACCACUCACAACCAUUCCCAACCUCAGCAUUCGCUGGACAUAAGCAAGCGGGCCCCAGGGUAUGUUGAGGGCGAUGUGAUUGGCUGCUACAUCAGCCUGCCAGGAGGCGCCAGGCUGGCGCCCAAGCCGCGGCCGCUGGUGACGUGGAAGGGGCAACCAUGCUACGUGGAGAGCGAGGAGAGUGCAAAAGGAGGGCCCCCUGUGCCUGGAAGUGAAAUCGUGUUUUUCCGCAAUGGGGUGUGUCUGGGCACGGCGUUUAAAGAAAUUCCAGCGGGCAGAUACUUCCCGGCAGCUUCCCUCUUCACGCUGCCCGACCAAUCAGAGGGCGCCACCGUACGCUUCAACUUUGGGCCAAAAUUUUCUCACAUGCCCGCAGACUGGGGCAGCCGGCCUGUGCCGGGAGUUUUUUCAGCUGCCCCCCACAUUCCAGCUUCGGAGUAUGAAGCAGAUCUUGGGGAAGAGGGGGAGGGGAAGGAGGGGAAGGAUGGGGAGGUCAAAGAAAGGAAGGAUGGGGAGGGGGAGGAUGGGAAGGAGGGCAAAAUAGGGAAAUUGGGGGAGGGGAAGGAAGGUAGAUAUUGUAAGGAGGAGAAGGAGGAAGGUGGGAGCAAGGAGGGGGGAAUAGUCAAGGAUGAGAAAGAGGAGGUUGAAGGUAACGAGGGAGAAGAGAUGAAGGAUGAGAAACUAGAGGGCGGGGAGAAAAAUGGAGAGGGGAAGGAGGACGCGAGGAAUGGUGAGAUGGAGGAGGGAGAGGGGAAGGAGGUGAAGAAAGAGAGGGAGGAGAUAGACGAGGACAUGGAAGGUGAGGAUGGUGUGGGUGAUAAAGAGGGGAAGGCCAACGAGAAGGGUGUAUCACAAGAGAAUGAGAGGGAGGGAGAAGGGGGGAGCGCAGAUAUUACUGAGGGGGGAGAAGGGGAUGGAACUAAAAAUGCGGAUGGAGAGGGAGGGUAUCAUUUUUCAGAGGAAAUUCCCCCGUUUGACGAGGCAAUGCUGGAGCCGUUCCGGCUUUCUGGGGAGAUUCUUGCUGACGUGGCAGCGGCAUUUGACCACGCCAGGUCAACAUUUGCCUGUGUGGAGUCCACGUGUCCCACAGAUACCACCUUCACCUCUGCUGCUUCAGCCUUACCUGCUUCGAACUUCCCUGCUCCUGCCGUCUCACCUGCUGCCGUCUCACCUGCUGCCGUCUCACCUGCUGCCGUCUCCCCCUCAUGUGAAAGUAGCUGCCCGUCUUCGUCCCCGCUACAGCCGGCAGCAGCACCAUCAGGUGCACCAGAGCAAGCGCAUGCUACAGCCGGCCCUACCUGCUGCGUGUCACCCCUGCUACAGCCCGCAACAGCACCAUUGGGAGUAGCAGAACAAGCACAUGCUACAGUCAAGACUCUCACUACCGCUACUGCUUCUGCUGCAGCAGGCCCUACCUGCUGGCUGUCCGCCCCGCUACAGCCGGCAGCAGCACCAUCAGGUGCAACAGAGCAAGCUCAUGCUACAGCCGGCACCUUGACUACCGCUACUGCUUCUGCUGCAGCUACAGCUGGCCUCGCCUUCAGCAUGUCCUCCUUGCUACAGCCGGCAGCAGCGCCAUCAGGUGCACCAGAACAAACAUGUGCUACAGUUGCCAAUUUGACAGCAACUGCUGCUACUUCUGCUGCAGCUGGCCCUACCUGUGCGACCAGUCACCCGACCAACCCGCAGCAGCAGUACUAUCCGCACCCAAUAGCCCAGCCGCUCCGCAUCCCUCCCAACCACUUCGUCUCGCACACACACCACCUGACAGGUGGGGACAACCCACUCCGCCCGACCCGUGCCGCCCAGCAGCGUUUCCGCUUCUGUGUCUGCCCCAGUGGGUCCCUCUACCUCCCCUUAGAUUCGCUCCCCCCACACCAUCUUUCACACCGUUGUUAA